GCCCACUACCUGGUACAUCUGCUCGCUGGCCACACUUUGUUUUUGUUUUCAUCGCGAUUGGUACUCGGCAGCGGACGAUUUUCUGGCCAGCAAACUAAUUAAAGUGCAAUAAAAUGUGCGUUAGGCAAUUGCGGGCGUCUGGCGAACAAAAACAAUUUGGCGGCCGUGCGCGAUAAUCCCCCAGUCUUAUCGGCGGAAAAGGUUUCUGGGUUCAUCGCCAUUGAGGACGAGCGUGGAAAUUCCGAUUUUGUAUUAUGUUUGAUGCCCGCGAGACGCUUCCGCGAAACAAAAGCUGCCAAAAAUGAGCAUCAGCAGUUAGGCAUCUUCUGAUGGAUUCAAUCGCCUUGUGAGAUUCGGAGGGGGAGUGCAGAAGUAAAUUUAAAUUUUGUUUAUAUGAGCAAGCGGCGGUAUUUGCGAAUUUUGCCCUGUUCUCUCUUUCGCCUACGCUUCCUCUCACGUUACGCGCCUUCCAUUCACCCGAGUGUGUGUGUCUGGUGUGCUGGUGUGUGUGUGUGACAGUGACGUAAACAAAUGUAGAAAACGAAGAAGUGCAAGAAUUUGUGGAAUUCCGAUGUCGAUUCACGUGCCAGAGGCCAGAUAAACAAAUAAUUCAAGAUCGAAGCCAGUAGCUUCCAUAGCGAAUUGACACACAACGUGGUUUUCGGCCCUCUGUUUUGCGCCUCACAUUCGUUGCACUGGCCAGGCUCAGCUGUGCAAUUUUGCACUGGUGUUGGUGAGCGCAACACGUUUGUGUUGGAGAGAGACAGAAGAGCUGGAGUGGGAGUGUGAGUGUGAGCGGGAGCGGGGGAGUUUCUGCGUAAACUCCUCUGCCAGCGUCGGCAGCGUGCGUCAUUGAUGCGACAGAUAAGACGGUGACCUACUGAAAUGGCAGUCAAUGCCUGAUACCGAGCGAAGAGUCUGGAAGUGGGCUCCACCACCAACGCGUCUGAUAAUGGCCGGCUGCCCUGCCCCCAGCAGUCCACAUAGUCGGCAAAGUCGGGCGACACAAUGGCCAAGCAACAUGAAUAUUUAAAAAUUUGGAAACAUAUCAAGUGGCGAAAUGAAAAGUAAACAAUGCGAACCGAAAACUAGAAAUCAAAUUUAUGCGAGCGAAGCGAAAAAAUAUUUAUAUUCAUAGAGUCUACUGGACAAAUUAAAGCAAACUAAAGCGCCCAUGCUGCGGAAUCAAGUGCCAUAGAGACCUCGAGUGUAUGCAGGACUUCCGUUCUGCUUAGUCAAUACAAGCCACACACGCGACAUAUCUGCCAAUUAUUUGGUGAAGGACACAGAUGAACACAUAACCACCGACAGGCACCGAAGCUACACCAGGCCGCAAUAUGACAAUAUCGGACAGCAUCCAACAAAAUAGCAAUGCAAGUCGCAAAUAUGAAAAACUCAUUAAGCAGCCGCAGAUGCAAUUGGGAACCUCCGUGACCGGAACUCAAACGGAUGCGGAUGCGAGUGCGAAUGCUAUUGCGAAUGCGAAUGCAAGUGCGGAUGCAACUGCGGAUGCAAAUGCAAAGAACUUUGUCAAUUUCAAUAAGCAUUUUGGCAAUGGCCAUGCCACCACGGAUCGCACAAUGCUGCUGCCUUUGGAGGACGCUGGUGGCGCCGCCAGCAACAUUGUCACGUACAAGGGGAAAUCAAAUGGAAAUGGAUAUGGAAAUGCCGCUGGAAAUGCCGCUGGAAAUGGCAACGGGAGUGUCAGCCUCGAGUUUAACGGCAGUCCAACCUCAUCAAUGGCCGGUGGUAACCACCUGGCGGGCGGCGGCGGCGGGCUCGGCUCCUCCUCGGAGGCGGGCGGCUGGAUGUGCCAUUGUUGCGGCUUAAUUGCGCGUCGCUGCUUCGGCUUCAACGUCCGGAGAUGUGUCUUCGCUUUGCUGGCCAUCACGGUGGUUAGCAUUUUCUACUACACGCAUUACGUGGAUACGGGCGUUUUUAAUGGCCUCAUUCAGCGCGACACUCACCCCGCACCCAUUAUCAACUGCCGGAUGAUCAACUCGGGCGGGAAACACGUACGGGAUGCCUCUCCUGCACCGGAUCAUCGCUCCGAGGCCAGGCUGCGAAUCGAUCCAAAGGUCCUGGUCUUUGUGGAGACCACAUACUCCGGCCUGGGGCGGGACAUCGCCGAGCUGCUCGUCUACAAUCGAAUCAAAUACAAAAUCGAAGUGGCCGGCAAGAGCCUUCCAGUUCUCACCAAUCUGGACAAGGGCCGCUACGGCGUGAUUGUGUUUGAGAACCUGGACAAGUACCUCAACAUGGACAAGUGGAACCGCGAGCUCCUGGACAAGUACUGCCGCGAGUACUCGGUGGGCAUUGUGGGCUUCGUGAGUCCCAGCGAGGAGACCUUAGUGGGCGCCCAGCUCCGGGACUUCCCUCUCUUUGUCAACACAAACCUGAGAUUGAGGGAUGCCAGUCUGAACCCAGCGUCGUCGGUCCUCCGGCUAACGCGAGCGGGUGAAACGGCUUGGGGUGCCCUGCCUGGCGAUGACUGGGCGGUCUUCCAGCAUAACCACAGUACCUACGAGCCGGUGGAGUGGGCCCAGAGAAACACACAGGAGUACCCGGCGGACAGUGUGGGCCAAGUACAACUGCCCCUGACGACGGUCCUCCAGGAUCGCGGGCAGCUGGACGGCAUUCAGAGAGUACUUUUCGGCAGCAGUUUGCGGUUCUGGCUGCACCGGCUGGUAUUCCUCGACGCCCUCAGCUACCUCAGUCAUGGACAACUCAGUCUCAACCUGGAUCGUAUGAUCCUCGUGGACAUAGACGACAUAUUCGUGGGAGAAAAGGGCACAAGACUGCGGCCAGACGAUGUCCGGGCGCUGAUAGCCACGCAAAAAAACAUAGCCGCGAUGGUGCCAGGGUUCCGGUUCAACCUCGGAUUCUCCGGAAAGUACUAUCACCAUGGAACGAGGGAGGAGAAUCUGGGCGACGAUUUCCUGCUGCAGAACGUCCAGGAGUUCAAUUGGUUCUCACACAUGUGGAAGCACCAGCAGCCGCAUCUGUACGACAACCUGACGCUCCUCAUGGCCGAGAUGCAACUGAACUACGCCUUCGCCCUGGAGCACAAUAUACCCACGGACUCGGGGUACUCCAUAUCACCACAUCACUCGGGCGUUUAUCCCGCCCAUGAGCUGCUCUACCUGGCCUGGAAGAAGGUGUGGAACGUGAAGGUCACUUCCACGGAGGAGUAUCCCCAUUUGAGACCUGCCCGGCUGCGAAGGGGGUUCAUCCAUCGGAAUAUAAUGGUGUUGCCCCGGCAAACCUGUGGCCUGUUCACCCACACCAUGUACAUUGACCGAUAUCCCGGAGGGCGGGACAAACUAGAUGAAUCCAUACAGGGCGGGGAGCUCUUCCAGACCAUAGUCUACAAUCCCAUCAACAUCUUCAUGACUCACAUGUCCAACUACGGCUCGGACCGUCUGGCCCUGUACACAUUCCAAUCGGUGAUCAAGUUCCUGCAGUGCUGGACCAAUCUAAAGUUGGCCUCGGCGCCGCCAAUUCAGCUGGCCGAGAUGUACUUCCGGCUCCACCCCGAGGAGGUGGAUCCCGUCUGGGGCAAUCCCUGCGACGAUGUGCGGCACAAGAAGAUCUGGUCGAAGACCAAGAACUGCGACUCGCUGCCCAAGUUCCUGGUGAUCGGACCCCAGAAAACGGGCACCACAGCCCUGUACACAUUCCUCUCGAUGCACGGCAGUGUUGCGAGCAAUAUCGCCAGUCCGGAAACCUUCGAGGAGGUUCAGUUCUUCAACGGGAACAACUACUAUCGGGGCUUGGACUGGUACAUGGACUUCUUUCCGUCGGAAGCGAUGCCGAACACCACCUCUCCGAUGCCCACGCAGCUGGGAUCUCCUCGGUUCAUGUUCGAGAAGAGUGCCACCUAUUUCGACGGGGAGGCGGUGCCGAAGAGGGCUCACUCCCUGCUGCCGCAUGCCAAGAUUGUGACGAUCCUGAUAUCGCCGGCGAAGAGGGCCUACUCCUGGUACCAACACCAAAAAGCCCAUGGCGACGUGAUAGCCAACAACUAUAGUUUCUACCAGGUCAUAACGGCAGGCGACUCGGCACCGAGGGCGCUAAAGGACCUCCGAAACCGCUGCCUGAAUCCCGGCAAGUACGCCCAACACCUGGAGCACUGGCUGGCCUACUACCCGGCCCAGCAGCUGCACAUCAUCGAUGGCGAGCAGUUGCGUCUGAAUCCCAUCGAUGUGAUGAACGAGCUGCAGCGCUUCCUCAAAAUCCAGCCGCUGCUCGAUUAUUCAAAUCACCUGCGCUACGACGUGAAGAAGGGCUUCUACUGCCAGGCCGUCAGCGAGAAGCGCAAUAAAUGCCUGGGCAAGUCCAAGGGCCGUCAGUACCCGACGAUGGAUGAGCGCAGCGCCAAGCUGUUGCAGCGCUACUAUCUGAAUCACAACACGGCGCUGGUGAAGUUGCUCAAAAAGCUCGGCUCGCGGCCCAUUCCUCAAUGGCUCAAAGACGACUUGUCCACGGGCACGUGAUAGCAGCUGUUCCCGGGAGGAUUAGGAGGCGGGAUGGCAAUGGGAGUGACAGGCGGCGCAGGAGGCGGAAGAGGCGUAGGUGAAGGCGGAGGCGGAGGCGGAGGCGAAGGAGGCAUUAAAUAUCGCAAAUUGCGUGCAAAACUCAGGAAGCAGCUGCAUUGGCUGCAUCGUCUGGCGGCAGUGGCGGAGGCGGAAAACGUUGAGAACUCGUCGUCCCAUCUGACAGGAUGAAAACACGGCAGAUACACCACGAGGAAACAAAAAUUCUAACCAUAAGCUGCAGAUGUAGAAAAAAAGAUAGAAUAGAAUUAGAAAAAAGAAUCCGUAACAUAAUUAGUCGCUUUUAACGUGCAUAAAUCCGUUUUGUUUGUUGCUGUUGCAGCUAAUUAAUGUCCCUGCAGUUGUCAGCUAAAGUUGUACAGUCAGUGGUGUGGGAGUGUGUGUAAAUAGGCAUGUGUGUGUGAGGAUGUGCGCUAUAAUGUCGUCUGUUUGCGCAUUAUUAAUUAUCAUAAAUAAUAUCAUGAGGCAUCAUGAAUAAAUGCAUAAAUGCGCUUUGUUAGUUGUUUAAUGUUUAUUAGUUCGUAAUGGAAAAUUAAGCGCCUAAUUAAGUUUACGCAUAAUGCUCUGCUCUUUCGUUAUUACCUCAAUUACACAAAUUCAGCUCUCGGCGUCCUAAAGACUUUGAUCAGAGCACUAUAUCUAAACCGUACAUACAUGUGUAUAUCCCACGGCAGCUGAAAAAAUGAAUAAAAUAUCAUUUGUGGGGGAGAGAAUUUUAUUUAAAUCCAUGCCAACAUUGUGAAAUCGUUCCAAUAGUCCGCGAGUGCUACGUAAUCCAUUCAAAUUUCUAAUUUCUAGAUUUAAACUAAGGCUGCCCUACGUCCUAAGUGUACCAUAAAUGUGUUUAGCAUUAACCUGUAAUAUUUCAGUUGCGUACUAAUUUAAUUAAGCAAAGCUCUAAUGUAUAGUUGGAUAAAUGCGUAAAUGUAAACUAGUUCAAGUUUAGAUUGGUAAUACGACAAUAAUAAAAGCGAAAAUUAUUGCAAGUAA